GAGCUGGAAGCAGCCGUGGCCCCAGGCCUUGAUGGUUGGGGGCAGCCCCUGGCCAGUAAGCUGCCUAGCAACACUGGAAUGAUCCUCGUGUCUCCUAGCAACACUGGGACACAACACAGGGUAUCCUAGGCAGCUCUAGUCAGCAGGCUGUUGCCUAGUAACAGAGCAGUUGGCCCACUGUUGAGUAACACUGAGAUCCCCCUUCAUGGUAUCCAGGGCAGCCCUAGUAACCAGUCCGUUGCCUGGCAACACCAGAUGCCCCUUCAUGGUACCAGGACCUUUGGGGUCCGCCCUGGGCUAGGCUUCCUCAGUGGCUAAAAUUGGCUGCAAGGUGAGGUCAUUCUCAUUAAUGAAUGGGGGGAUAAUGAGGUAGAAGAUACGCUUUGGAGGAUCAAGUGUCUGCACUCUAGCCUUCGCUCUCUAUGGUCGGGCGGUGGUCAUUUUGUGCCGGGCUCAAAGCGGGCGCUUUAGCCCUGCUCUCUCCCCUUAAUAUCCCUGGGUAGUCUAUGUGAGGUAUCUGUGGUCAUUCGCGAGGUAGAAGGGCAGGGGCGCCAUGUUGUGGAGGAGCUAAUGUGGGCACUCUAGCCUGACGUCCGGUUUCCUCUUUAUGGCUCAGCCGCGCCAUGUUGAGGAGGACUGCAGAGAGCUAGCCGCUCUAGGCCGGCGCCACCCAUCUCUGUGGUCCCGUGGCGCCUUUCUAGGCGCCCACAUCCAGGCUCUGUGGCUUCAGCGCCCAAGCGCGGGGAAUUUAAAGGGCCACGGCCCCAAAAUAGGACACGUCUGGAUCUACCCCGGCGAGAACGCGGUGGGCCGCCUCCCCAGCUGCCCCGUGCACCUGCCGGUGCCCUCCGUGUCGAAGGUCCACGCGGUGAUCGAAACACCAGGGCCUCGGCCCGGGCCCCCGCACCUGCUCUGGGACCGCGGCAGCCUCAAUCGCACGCGGCGCGGCCGUGCCGUGCUCCAGCCCCACGUCCGCUAUGCCCUGGCCCAUGGCGACACCCUGCUGUUUGGCGACGUGGGCUGCCAGUACUUCCUGCUGCCCCCGGGGCAAGCCGCAGCCUCCCCCCUGCCCUGUGUGGCCGUGGAGGAGACGCCGACCCCGGGCAGGCGUAGGGCAGGCGCCGGGGCCCUGUUGGCUCAGAGCUCGGAAGAGGAGAAGGCAAGACCGCACGGAGGGUCAGAGGCCUCCACGUGGGGCAGCGGCAGCCUAGGAUCUCCACCCCACAACACGGUGGUGCCUGAGAGCGACGAAGAAGCUGAGGAUGCCCCCAGCCUCUCUCCCCACCUCUGCUUCAAUACUCCAGGGGGUGCAGCAACAUCAGGGGGGCAGACACUUCCCCCUGCCCCAGAGCCACCAGAUGUGGAGCCCCGAGGCCAGGAUCCAGAUGUUCCUGCACCAAAGACCUGUGGAUGGGAGCUCCUGGCGGGGGGCAGAUGCACAGACACAAAGGGGACCAAGGAUCCAGAUGUUGUGGGUUCCCAGAGCCAUCAGCCAGCUGUGGAGGUGGGCAGCAUCAUGGAUGUGGAGGACGGUGACAGGCUUUCAGAUGUGACAGAUCCCCAGAGCAGCCAGCCUGCCUUUAAAGCGGACAGCGACACUGAUGUAGAGGAGAUUCCAGAUGUUGUAGGUCCACCCAGCCAUCAGCCAGCUGUUGAGGUGGGCAGUGACACUGAUGUGGAGGAUGGUGACAGGAAUCCAGAGGUGGGGGUGGCAGCCCAACUGACUGCAGCAUCUCCCCGGGCUCUUGAGCCCCUUGCACCUGGAGCUCCUGAUCCAGAUUUGGAGGCCCCCCAGCCCCGCCCAUCCUCUUGGCCAUCAUCUGGGGACGACAGUGAGACUGAUGCGGAAGAUGACCCCAACCUGGCAUUGGAGGCCACCCAGUGCUACCUGGGCAACGAGGCUGGAGCCCCCGCCCCCGGCCUGGAGGAAGAGGAGGCCACCCAGAGGUUCUCCUUCAGGACCCAGUGCCGGGCAGGGGAAAUGGAGUCAGAUGAGGAGCUGUACGUGGAACAGGCCACCCAGGCCUUCAUCGCCCAGGAGGAGGAGAUGCAGCCCCUGCCCAUGGCACCGCCCUCAGCACUGCCCCCGGCACCUGGGGGAAAGCAGCACCUACCCAGUGGGGCCACGUUGGAGCCACCAGGUGGCACCAGACUGGAACCCACCCCAAAGCCAGAGGAGGAGGAGACUCAGCCUGUGGCACCAGGCCGUGGCACCCCACACAGGCCCAGCCCAGCACUGCAGGGCCCUGUGGACGGGGAGCCAGGGAGGCUGCAGCUGGAGGGCACCAGGGCCGUCCCCUCACUUGCAGAGCCCCAGCUUGGGGACAGCACUGAGGUCCCAGCAACCCCAGAAGAGGAGGCGGCAGCUCUGGCUGCUAGGAGGCGCCGUAGCCUGCGCUCAAGCUCUGCCCCCAGCCCUGCUCCUGCUCCUGCCCCCGCCCCCACCGCUGCCCCUGUCCUUCGACGCAGCCAGCGGCGCCGGGCAGAGGCCACCCCACCAAAGCCUCCCCAGAGGCGCAGAACCCAGGGCUCAAGUGGUCUCAAGGCCCCAGGGGAUGCUGGGAGCAAGGCUGGGGCCCCAGAGGAUGCUGGGAGAGAGGCCAGCCAAAGCAAGGAGCCGGAGCAUCACCCGGAGACCCUGCGAGACCGCCCCACCCGCCAGCGGGCAGCCACCGCGCCCCGGGAGCCAGAGCAUCACCCGGAGACCCUGCGAGACCGCCCCACCCGCCAGCGGGCAGCCACCGCGCCCCGGGUGCUGUUCACAGGUGUGGUGGAUGCGGCAGGUGAGCAAGCGGUGGUAGCGCUGGGCGGGACCUUGGCCGACUCUGUUUUCGAGUGCACCCACCUGGUGACCGACCGCGUCCGCCGCACGCUCAAAUUCCUGUGCGCUCUUGCUCGCGGCGUUCCCAUCGUCACCCCUGCCUGGCUCGACCAGAGCAAGCGCAGCCACUGCUUCCUGGAGCCCAGCGGGUUCGUGGUUCGAGACCCAGAGCAGGAGGAGAACUUCGGGUUCAGCUUGACCCAGUCGCUGCGGCGGGCACGACGUGGGGCCUUGCUCCAGGGCUAUGAGAUUCACGUCACCCGCCAUGUCCAGCCAGAGCCUGAGCGAAUGAAAGAGUUAAUAGUCUGCAGUGGGGGUAUCUUCCUACCCAGAAUGCCGCGGGCCUACAAGCCCAAGCGCCUGGUGCUCUCAUGCCCUGCCGACCUGACCUGCUGCCGCCCUGCCCUGGCCGUGGGCCUGCCUGUGGCCUCGGCGGAGUUCCUGCUCACCGGGGUCCUAAGGCAGGAGGCUGAGCUGGGCCCUUACUGCCUGGACCAACCCCAGCCACUGGCGCACCUGGCCCCCUCCACCCGGAAGAGGAAGGGAGCAGCUGGCUCCUCUGGAACCACCAAGCGCCGGCACUGACAGGGUUAAUGCCCUGGGGGUUUGGGGGGGGCUGUUCCUAUAGAUGACUAUAUUUUUCAAUAAAGUGACUUUUGCAGGAAAAAAAGGUGUUGGUGUGAAGUGAGAGGGCAACUUAAAAAAAUACAGCCUUAAGUAUUGCCAGCAAUUUUUUUGUCAUAUGAAGUAAUUAUAAUAAAUCUGUUACUGUGUACUACUGACAGGUUGUCUGUGUACCA